AUGUCCUCUGCUCAUGAUGCCACGACCAAGAUCUCCAUUGACAAGUUCGACGGCGACAACUACGCGACAUGGAGCCGCUACAUGCGUGGCGUGUUCCUGACCAAGUCGACGUGGCACGUGGUGAACCGGGAGACGUCGCCGACCUACGCGGACGAUCGCGCCAGUGAUGAGUACGUCAAGACGAACACCAUCGCGUUCGGACUGAUGCUGCUUCACAUGAGCGCGGACUACCAUCACAUCGUCGAUGACUGUGAGGAGGCGUGGGUUGCGUGGGCGCGUUUGAAGACGCUGUACAGCGGGUCGCAGAAGGCUGGGCGCAUCUACUUGAAGCGCCAGCUGUUCAGCAUGGAGAUGGCGGACAAUGUGAUGCAUCAUUGCAAUGAAGUCCUCAACAUCAGCGCGAAGCUCAGCAGCAUCGGCGCCAAGAUGGAGGACGAGGACGUGGCGAUCUGCUUGUUGCGCAGCCUCCCCAAGAGCUACGAGAACGUCGUUCUCAACUUGGAGAUGAGCAGCGCGGAACUGCGAUCGCGAGACGUCGUGAGAGUGCUCACGAAUGAGCACAUCAAGAGGCAAGGUGACAAGACGACAUCGGUGAAGACUGAAGACGCGGCGAAGGCGUUCAGUGCCGAGCGUAAACCUCGCCAGUGUACAUACUGCGGGAAAUUGGGGCACACGGCGGAGCGGUGCUGGACCAAGCAGAAGGACGAAAAUCAAGGUGGAGCUCGACGCGGCGGCAACAAUGCUCGUGGACGCGGAGCCAACAACGUUCAGUGGCGAACCAACAGCAACUACGACGACAACUACGAUCGAGUUGCAUUCGCGGUUUCGCUGGAGUCUGGACUUUCGACGGGCAAGAAUAUGCCAGGGAUGUGGGCAGUCGACAGCGGUGCGACGCAUCACAUCUGCAACGACAAGGCCAAGUUUGCAAUCCUAAAUGAGCGAGAGGAAGGCGAACUAUCAGUGGCUGAUGGCAGCAAGGCUGCGAUCAAGGGUGUGGGAACCAUCAUGGAACGGGUGGUUCUGCCCAAUGGUGACGAACGCGACAUCGAGAUCAAGGACGCGCUGUUCGUACUAAGUAUGAGCAAGAAUCUGCUUUCGGUGCCACAGAUCAAGAAGGGUGGCAAAUUCCAAGUCGUGUUCGAUGGGUCCAAGAUGCAAGUGAAGCGCAAGAAUUCCACACAACUCGUGGCAACUGCAGAUCUUGUCGAUGGACUUUACUGGCUGCGGAAUCCUCAACGAUCGGCAAAUGUAGCAACACGCAAUGGGACUAUCGACUUGCAUGCGCGCAUGGGUCAUGCACCCCUUGAAGUUCUGCGCAAGAUGGUGGCCACCGGCAUGAUCAAGGACGCCAAGGAACCUCUCAACUAG